AUGGAGAAGACCAAUGGAACGCUGGUCGAGGAGUUUGUCCUGCUGGGCUUGUCCCUCCCGGCUGAGCAGCAGCACCGCCUGUCAGUGCUGUUCCUCUGCAUGUACCUGGUCACCGUGUCGGGGAACACACUCAUCAUCCUGGCUAUCACCUUUGACCCCCACCUGCACUCGCCCAUGUACUUCUUUCUCAGCAACCUGGCCCUCGUGGACAUCUGCUUCUGCUCCACCACCAUCCCCCAGAUGGUGGCCCAAACCCUGUCGGGCUCCCGCACCAUCCCCUAUGCCCUCUGCCUCACACAGCUCUUCUUCUUCAUUUCCUUUGUGAACAUGGACAGCCUGCUCCUAUGUGUCAUGGCCUAUGACAGGUAUGUGGCCAUCUGCCACCCUCUGCACUACAGCAGCAUCAUGACCCUGCGGCUGUGUCUCCAGCUGGUGGUGGGGCUCUGGCUGCUCACCUGCCUGCACGCCCUCCUCCACACGGCCCUCAUGGCCCGCUUGACCUUCUGUGCGUCCAAUGUCAUCCACCACUUUUUCUGUGACCUCAACCCCCUUCUUCAGCUCUCCUGCUCUGACAUCUCCAUCAACAUUCUGGUCAUUUUCAUAGUGGGAGGCCUGCUGGCCAUCACCCCCUUUAUCUGCAUCCUCGUCUCCUACGGGUUCAUCUCCACAGCCAUCCUGAGGGUCUCCUCUGCACAGGGCAAGCAGAAAGCAUUCUCCACCUGCGGCUCCCACCUGGCUAUGGUGGCGCUGUUCUAUGGCACAGCCAUUGCCGUCUACUUCAGCCCCUCCUCCUCACACACACCAGAGAGGGACACCCUGUCGGCCAUCAUGUACAACAUGGUGACCCCCCUGCUGAACCCCUUCAUCUACAGCCUGCGGAACCGGGACAUGCAACGAGCACUCCGCAGCCUGCUGUGCCGUGGCCGGGCCCUUGGCAGCCAGCCGGAGCCCAGGGAGGGGUGA